GUUGUACGUUGUUUGUGUACGUUUCGGUUGGCACUAGCCCUACGUGUGUGUACAAAAUGUACACGCUGCAGCCUGAACACACAGUCCGUUCUACUCAACCAACACACACAAGUCUAACAAAAGCAACGCACACCGCUGUUAGUUUUUCACUGCGUUCGCAUUUCCAGUCAAAAUUUAACAUUCGAAUUGAUUGGAUGUAAUCCAUGAAUUAAGAGUGUUGAAUCUCUGUAGUCUUUUUUUUUUCGUUUGAUUUUCUCAUUGAACUUUUUCAUCCAUUCAACAAAUUCAAACGGUGACAAUUUUCGGUGUUCCAUGCAUUGUUCAUCACACUUUAGUGUGGAUUGAUUCAAUUCCGUAUGUGCUCCGUUUCGUACAACGAGAGUGACACCAAUUAGCCCACCACAACAUUUAUCAAAUUAACCGAAUGUGUUUGAUGUUCAUUGAGUGUGUGCUCUCUGCAUUGACAUAAACAAUGGACAGUUUUCAUUGGAAAAAACGAUCGAAUGUGUUGAAUUUGGCCAACAGCAUAUUUUUCUACGUUGCAUGGAAAUCGCAAUUCAAAUGAGCCACAAGUUGGAACCAGAACAAAUCAAAUUGAGAACAUUAUUUUUUCCUCUCUUUCAUUUCUAAACUGAGUAUUUAGUGCCUUGUGUCAGUGCAUUUUUUGAAAUUUGUUUGUUUGAAUCUAUAUAUAUUCGUUUAUCCCGAGAGAAACAAAGAGAAGAAAUUAAUUUUAUUCUAGUAAAAUAUUCUGUAUUCUAUUCGUGUUUGUUAAAUUUGAAUUUGUGUUCUGUGUGCGUGUGUAUAUCAAACAAUUGAGUUUGUUGGAUCAAUGAGCAUCGUUGCAUUUGAAUUGAAAUACGGUGCUAAGCUAGAAGAGGAAAAAAAAUAGAUAUAUAUAACGAGAUAAAUGGUGCAGCUGAUGAUUGACCGAAAUCCUAGUAACAUUCUGUUGUAACACAUUCAGUAUCAACUUCGAAUUGACAUGAAUGCGUUGAAUUGAAAGAAAAAAAACUUGGCCAUUUCGAUUUUAAUUUGGGAAAUUUCAAACAGUUCAGUUCUCAUUCAUUGUGAUAAUUAAAUAAACGACGACAGCAACAACAACAUCAACAGCAACGUUGACAACCGUUCAGAAGCUUUAGCAGCAACAUAGACCAGUGAAAUCAAAUACACAACAGGAUGAUUGUCGAUUCGCAGCUUGUGUGGGUGAGAGACUCAACGGAGGGCUACAUUUCGGGCCACAUCUCAGAAAUUGGACCAGCCGAAUUUGAAAUUGUUCCCAUAGACAGAAAGUAUCCAAAACGGAUAUGCUCAGUUGACGAUAUCUUUCCAUCAUGUGAUGGACCACAAGAUCAUGAUGACAACUGUGAGCUUUUGUUUCUCAACGAAGCCACAUUCUUAGAAAACUUGAAGACUCGUUAUUUUAAGGAUAAAAUUUAUACUUAUGUGGCGAAUAUUCUGAUUGCGCUGAAUCCAUAUAAGGAAAUCAAAGAUUUGUAUUCGGAUGCGGCCAUCAAACGGUACAAUGGAAAAUCGUUGGGUGAAUUACCUCCGCAUGUAUUUGCUAUCGCCGACAAAGCGAUCCGCGAUAUGCGCGUGUUGAAGAUUUCCCAAUCGAUAAUCGUGUCCGGCGAAUCUGGAGCUGGUAAGACUGAAUCAACAAAAUAUUUACUCAAGUAUUUAUGUCAUUCACUGGCGGCGGCCGGGCCCAUUGAGCAAAAGAUUCUCGAUGCAAAUCCAAUAUUAGAAGCGUUUGGCAAUGCUAAAACCACCCGAAAUAACAAUAGCUCACGGUUUGGCAAGUUCAUUGAGGUACAUUACGAUUCGAAAUGUCAAGUUGUUGGCGGAUACAUUUCACAUUAUUUACUGGAAAAAAGCCGUAUCUGCACUCAAAGCCAAGAGGAAAGAAACUAUCAUGUAUUUUAUAUGCUUUGCGCUGGCGCUCCUCAACACAUUAAAGAAAAACUUUGUCUGGGCAAACCGGACGAUUACAGAUAUUUGGCUGGAUGCACGCAGUAUUUUGCAACGGCAUCGACCGAUCGCAAAAUCUCACAAUCGAGCAAAUCAAAGGCUCACAUGGCCAAUGGACCGAUUAAAGAUCCGAUUUUGGAUGACUAUGAUGAUUUUCAGCAGUUGGACGAGGCAUUGUCGCGACUUGGCAUGAGCGAAACCACAAAAUUGGAGAUUUAUGCACUGGUCGCAGGCGUCUUGCACUUGGGCAAUAUCAGCUUUGAGGAGAAUCCAGAGGAUGUUCGCGGCGGGUGUCAAGUUUCAAAGUCAUCCGAACACACGCUAUCGAUCACAUCCAAACUGCUCGGUGUUGAUUCAUUCGAGUUGCGCCAAGCCUUAGUCUCACGUGUUAUGCAAAGCAAAGGCGGUGGUAUAAAGGGAACGGUUAUUAUGGUCCCAUUGAAAAUCUACGAAGCAAACAAUGCUAGAGAUGCUCUGGCAAAGGCACUAUACAGCCGUUUAUUCGAUCGCGUCGUUGCCAACAUCAAUCAGAGCAUUCCAUUUAGCUCUUCCACCUACUACAUCGGUGUGCUGGAUAUUGCCGGUUUCGAGUAUUUCACCGUUAAUUCAUUUGAGCAAUUUUGUAUAAAUUACUGUAACGAAAAACUUCAGAAAUUCUUCAACGACAACAUUUUGAAGCACGAACAAGAGUUGUAUCGCCGUGAAGGAUUGAAUGUACCAGAAAUUCAAUUCACUGACAACCAGGAUAUUAUUGAAUUGAUCGAAUCAAAAUCGAAUGGAAUUUUCACGUUGCUCGACGAAGAAUCAAAAUUACCAAAGCCGUCUUUCGAUCACUUCACAUUGGAAGUGCAUAAGGCUUGGAAUGGACACUUCCGAUUGUCACUGCCAAGAGCAUCGCGACUCAAGGCCCACCGAACCUUACGCGAUGAAGAAGGUUUUCUCGUUCGACACUUUGCCGGUGCUGUUUGUUAUAAUACGAAUCAAUUUAUUGAGAAGAAUAAUGAUGCGAUGCACGCAUCGCUGGAGGCAUUGGUGCAAGAGUCGGCAAAUCCAUUGAUAAAGCAUUUAUUCUCCGGAAAGAAUAGCAACGCAUCUUCCAAGGGAAAAUUGAACUUUAUUUCAGUUGGAUCCAAGUUCAAAACACAGCUGAGUGAAUUAAUGGAGAAACUCGAACAAAAUGGAACGAAUUUCAUUCGUUGUAUCAAGCCAAACAGUCGAAUGGCCGAUCGUGAAUUCGAGGGAAGUUUGGCAUUGACGCAGCUCAAUUGUUCAGGCACAACAUCGGUGCUAGAGCUUAUGGAAUACGGUUAUCCAUCGCGUGUUCCAUUCGGUGAACUGUACAACAUGUACAAAAAGUUUUUGCCGCCUGAGCUCGUAAAAUUAGAGCCAAAAGUGUUCUGCGAAGCAAUGUUACAUUCGCUAAAACUCAAUCGCAAAGACUUUAAAUUUGGAAUCACCAAAGUCUUCUUUCGACCGGGAAAAUUCGUCGAAUUCGAUCGCAUCAUGAAAUCGGAUCCAGAAAAUCUGAAAGCAAUCGUUGCAAACGUAAAGAAAUGGUUGGUACGCUCGAGAUGGAUAAAAUCCGCAUUCGCCGCAAUAUGCGUAAUCAAAUUGAAAAAUCGUAUAAAAUACCGCAACAAGUGUGUAUUAUACAUUCAGAAGAUUGUACGUGGUUUUCUUGCACGUAAACAACAUCAGCCGCGUUACCGUGGUAUCAUCAGGAUAAAAUCGCUCAAAGAGAAAUUGCGACGAUCAACGGAUAUUGUGAACCAGGUAAGGGGCAGCAAAGAUGCAAUUAUGAAGCAAGCAAACGAUGUUGAACACCUGAUCAAUGGCUAUGUGAAAAACAUUCAAAACGAUAGCCGCAUCAAUCCAAAGACCAUCGAUAAAAUGUACAAUGACAUCAUCACCAAAAUCGAUAGCUAUAACAAUUCGUUGCAAUCCGAACUGAAGAAACAACGGCAAGCCGAAGAGCAAGAUCGAUUGCGUAAGAUUCAAGAGGCCCUUGAGCUCGAACGUAAGCAAAAGGAAGAAGAAGAGCGCCGAAUACGCGAAGAAGAAGAGAACCGAAGAAAGAAAAUCGAAAUGGAAGCAAAACGCAAAAUGGAAGAAUUGGAACGAAAACGCCAAGAAGACGAAGACCUUCGGGCAGCUGUUGCAUUACAGAAUAUUUUCCAGGCGCAACUAGAGAAAGAAGCCCAAGAGGAUAACGAAUAUCGUCAGCAGCUUGAGCAAGAGCGUCGCGAUCAUGAGCUAGCUCUGCGUUUGGCUGAAGAGACCAACAGUCAAGUUGACGAUAGCCCGUUGCUGAUGAGAAACGGUAGGAGUGAUGUGACCUCGCUGAAUAAUUCAAAUCGUCUAAUCAGAUCGGAGAAUGUUCGGGCACAACAGCAAAUGAACGGACGACAAAAGCAUGAUUUAUCCAAAUGGAAAUAUUCCGAGCUGCGAGAUGCAAUCAACACCUCGUGUGACAUCGAAUUGCUGGAGGCAUGUCGCCACGAGUUCCAUCGUCGCUUAAAAGUGUACCAUGCAUGGAAGGCCAAGAAUCGCAAACGAACCACGAUGGAUGAGAAUGAACGAGCACCACGCAGCGUUAUGGAGGCAGCAGCCCGAUCACCAAUGCGUGUUCAACCGAAGCAGGAAAUUAUCUUUUCCACACAUCGUUACUUCCGUAUCCCAUUCUUGCGAGCGAGUUCGAAUCAAAACGAAAAUGAUGCAAACCAAAAUGGUUUGAACACUGACACCAACAAGCGUGGCUUGUGGUAUGCUCAUUUUGAUGGGCAAUACGUCGCAAGGCAAAUGGAAUUGCAUGCAGAUAAACCGCCGAUAUUGUUGAUUGCAGGUGUUGAUGACAUGCAAAUGUGUGAAUUAAGCUUGGAAGAAACUGGAUUGACCAGAAAACGCGGCGCUGAAAUACUUGAGCAUGAAUUCAACAAGGAAUGGGAACGACAUGGCGGUAAACCAUAUCGGAAUUUAGGCUCUGCACAUUAGGCCCAGGUUCUUCUUAAGAACUUUACACAUUCGUCACUUAUUUUCUGGAUUCAUUUGACUUUUCCUACUUUUAAUAUUAUCACAACACGUUUGUGAUCGUUACAUACAAAAAAAAAAAUGAAUUGAACACUGAAUUUAUAAUUUUGCUUUACAAAGUGAUUAUAUAUGAAUUUUUUUCUCUCGUUUGUUCACGUACAUUUUAGUGAAGAAGAAAAUUUUAAAAGAAAGAUUGUAGAUACUAUGGAAAAACCAACAAAUUUAAUAAUUAGACUAACCACAGUGAAUUUGUUUUUAAUCAAAUUUAUUUAUAAAACAAAACAAAACAAAAAAAUGAUAAGACAAAAACCUUAUUUUGCGUUUGAAGUUGUGACCUUUUUUUAUAUUCACAUAUAACAUAUAUUUCCAUAUGUAUGUUUUACAAUUCAACAAUAAUUAUCACACACAAUCAUUGUUAAAUGUAAUUCAAAUGUAGACAAUUACACAGAAAAAAAAAUCAACAACAACAACAACAAAACAUAAAUUAUAUUUAUUGAAAAAUCCUAAAUGAAUAAAGAUGUUAGUUUGAACACCAAU